UAUGACAGGUCUUUGUUGCUGAACAGAAAUCAGUGGCAAUUCAGUGAAGGAGAACUCCUCCUACCCAAUUAUCCAAACUGGGCAGGCUUUUACUCCCUUCACAAAUAGAACAGAGCGCUGAAAUCCAGGCAGUUCCAACCUGACCUUCAAGCACUUGGAACCCCUAAACGAAAUCAGGGACUGCAGAAAAAUACCGACCCGUAUUAUUAGUGUUUGUUCCACGAUUGUUUAGUUGGUUGCCUUAUUAUCUGGACUACACUUUUGUGCAAGCGCAUUACCAAAAGUGGGCAGCAAUCUCUAUGCCGCGAGUUUGUUUUUGUUCUUUGCAUUUUUUGUUAACAGUUUUAAGUUGUACUCAUACUUGCAAAAGUAAAAGUAAGCAUCUGUGUGUAUAUCUCUUGCUGUAGAUAUUUUUGGAUGAUCGUCUAAUACUCUUGGGUGUAUAUGGAAGUUGUGGGGUGCAGGGCAGAAGAAAACACUUGCACAUUCCGUCCAUCAGCCAUGCUUUUCCAUGGAAUCUCCGGGGAUCAUAUCCAAGGAAUCAUGGAGGAGAUGGAAAGGAGAUCUAAAUCAGAAUCUCGCCUGGUCAAGGGGGUCCAAAUGAACGUAAGGGAAACGAGUAUGCCCGCUAUGAGUCCGGAGAAGCCUGCCUUGUGCGCUGGUUGUGGCGGUAAAAUCUCUGACAGAUAUUAUUUACUGGCGGUGGAUAAGCAGUGGCACCUUAGGUGCCUGAAGUGCUGUGAAUGUAAACUAGCCCUUGAAUCUGAACUCACCUGUUUCGCAAAGGAUGGCAGCAUUUACUGCAAAGAGGAUUACUACAGGUUCUCCGUGCAGAGAUGUGCCCGCUGCCACCUUGGGAUCUCGGCCUCGGAAAUGGUGAUGCGCGCUCGGGACUCGGUGUACCACUUGAGCUGCUUUACUUGUACCACGUGCAACAAGACGCUGACCACGGGAGACCACUUUGGAAUGAAAGAAAACCUGGUGUACUGCAGGGUCCACUUCGAGACCCUUCUGCAAGGAGAAUACCACCCACAGUUAAACUACACUGAAUUAGCUGCCAAAGGAGGGGGGUUGGCACUGCCUUACUUUAACAGCACUGGCACGGUGCAGAAAGGGAGGCCAAGGAAGAGAAAGAGUCCGGCAAUGAGAGUAGACAUAGCCAAUUACAAUCCAGGUUGUAAUGAAAAUGAGGCUGAUCACUUGGACAGAGACCAGCAACCUUACCCCUCCUCCCAGAAGUCCAAGCGCAUGCGCACAUCUUUCAAGCACAACCAGCUCCGUACUAUGAAGUCAUAUUUUGCCAUCAACCACAACCCUGACGCUAAAGACUUGAAACAACUGGCCCAGAAAACUGGGCUAACCAAAAGAGUUCUCCAGGUUUGGUUCCAAAACGCAAGAGCCAAAUUCAGAAGGAACGUUUUGCGACAGGAGAAUGGGGGUGUUGAUAAAGCUGAUGGCACUUCACUACCACCUCCACCCUCGUCAGACAGCGGCGCAUUAACUCCACCCAGCACUGCAACCACUUUAACAGACCUGACCAAUCCCACAAUCACUGUAGUGACUUCAGUGACCUCUAGUCUGGACAGCCACGAAUCCGGGAGCCCCUCACAAACUACCUUAACAAACCUAUUCUAACAGUUUACAAGACAUUAUAAAUGACCAGACAGAUCGUGGGAGAACAAACAAACAAACAAACAAACAAACAAACGAAAAUCUUGAUGUGUAGCAUUUGCAACCACUUGGCAGCUGAGUUUCUAGCUAAUGUGUUCAAAACUUUUUAUUUUGCAUUGAGGAAUUUCACCAUUCUAGGCAGUUGUUUAAAGUAAUCAUGAGUUUAUUUAUUCCAAUUUUAAAAAUCCUGCUGCAGCACAAAAGUACAUGUUUUAUUUAUUGUUUUAAUUUUUUUUAUGAACACAAAUAACACGAAUUGACAGAUAUUAAUAUAUAAUUUUUUUCAUACCCCACAUUAAAUCCCAUCAUUAUGUGCUAGAUUUGUCAUAACUUAAUCAUUUCCUUUAUGGAAAUAAGUAAAAUAUGUAUUUGUGAAAUGUUUAGCAAACUUUCAAAAUUAACUUAAGGAGAGAUUUUUUUUUAUUUAUUUUUUUCCUCUUAUAUUGAGUUUCAUUGGAUUGUAAAAAAAUGUAAAAUCAGCAAAAUAGAACCUUUAAAACUAUUGUAUGGUAAAUACUGCCUACGUAUUUAUGUAAAAUAAUAACAUAUUGUAAAAGGUAGCAAUAGAUCAUUGUGAAGUACAAAGUUGUACACAGUAUUUUCAGUUAAUAGAUAUGCUGCAAAUAACAAAAGUCCUGAAAAUCUAAAAUGACAAUAUUCCUGAACUCAAAAGCCAGGUGGAUGCUGACCUCAAUCUAUGUUUUGUUUUGUCAUACUCCAGUUUACUGUAGCGGGAAGCUAACAGGAUUAUUGAGAUCUGUACAGUGGUAAUUGUUCAUCUGGUAAUCUUGAUACAUUGUAUGAGAUGUGUCAAAUUCCAAUACUGAAAAAAUCUGGACCUCCAUUUUUUAUUGUUUUAAACUAAAAUCAGACAAAGGGGAGUGGUAUUCUUAGUUGAUUGUUCUAGCACUUUUACCAAUUCAGGCCUCAGUGCCUAAAUACAAUGGUAAUGUGGUGCAACCUCAUUACAGAUUUCCAGUACAUGUUGUCGAAGUGUAAUUGAACAUUGACAACACUGCCCAAUACAAAAUGCAUUAUUAUUAGAUAUGUUGCUCAGGGUGUUAGAAACUUACUGUUGUAAAAAAAGGAUCUAGAACUGAAAAGACACUAUGAACCCAUUCUCACAUGUCAAUUGAAAUUGAAAUAAGCCAGUGGAAUAAUAUCAUUCACGCCCUCUUAACUUUAUCAAAAACACAUUUUCAUUUCAUUACGGACAUUUGCCACUGAACAGACCAAAAACAUGUUUCUUCUGGCUGAAAGCUAAAGAAAACUAUUGCUUGUUUAAAGACUUUUUUUUUUUUUUUUUUU